CCCGAAAGCUCUAUCAGUACAUGUAUUCUAAUUCAUGCUUACAGCUCCAGGAAGCCACGUUGAAAGAUUGUUUCACAGUGUGUCAAAUAAGAAAGAGCGGCUGCUUCCCUGUUCCAAACUCAGCAAGAACCAGUAAGGAAGUAUUAUAAAAUCUGUCGACCCCGCCAAUGGCUUCCAGCACUUUCUACGACGCAUUGACCGAGGUCGGACUCGCGCUCCUGCAUACGUGACUUUCCACACUUUGUUGUGGCGGUGGGACAAACACAGCGCGGGCUUAACGUCCCCUCUGCAGCCGUUGUUUACACCGCUUCACCUCGCCCUCUACCUCGAUUUUCCCACUCAUCCAUAUACCUUGCCGCACUGCCGCGUGGCUCUCGUCUUCAACUUCCCACCUCCACUCCAAUCUUCCUACCCAAUUCCUCGUCCGACAACGGUUCCCCAGCUACGGUGUUGAGAAAGCUGCACAAAAACCACGCGUUCGACGGCACCUGUCUUUUGUAUCUGGAUAUCAGCUUCCGGGGCGCCAGCUGGCUCUCAUAGCUCGAUGCCUUCAUCAACAAAUGAUAUCCAGCAAUGGGCCUCUACUAAAUUUCCGGCUGCAUUCUCCGCUUUGCCACCCCCCAAAGACCUCAAAUUUAAGGCAUACGACCGCAACAACUUUAUAUCUGGCCAAGAAAACGAAAAUAUUUCGGCGCUUGUUCUUAUAGGAAAACGUCGUGGGAAGGACACUUACGCCUGCUGCCGCAAAAAGAAGGUUCGGGUAACUGCCAUUCUGGUUGUUCAAGAAUCCGAAAAACUCAUUCAAAAAAAUGACUUGGAUAGCAUAGACUUAGCAAGUCCCUUUAAACUUGCUAUUGCUGAUAAAAAGUCGAACAGCGAGAGUAGAAAGCCACUCUAUGCUCUCAUAUUCUAUUAUCUGGUUGCAGGUGGACACUUGAGUUCCAAUCAUUUUAGACCAAACUUCGAGGAAGACUUCGGAGAGGCAUGUGCUCUGAUUUCCCAGAAGCAUCAAAUCAAGGUCAAGGUUGAAGAACAUGAAGGCUAUACGUUAGACGUUCUUCCAGCACCAUCGACAGACGCAGACAGCGACAUGCAUGGAAGGCCAUCAAAACGCGCCAAAACUCAGCAUGACUCCUACAACACCGACAUGGAGGUUGCAGCUCUUCAGUCCAUGGUUCAGAUUACAAGACAAAUAUCUGCAGAGCUGUCGAAGCUAAAAGAUGAGGUCAAACAGCUGUCUUCUGAGAAAAAGGGUUUGGAGAAUCGGCUUAAGAACAUCGAGAAAGAGAAUGCUGCCGUGAAGAUUCAAUACAAUCAGGCCGCUAACGAUAAGCACGUAUGGACUCGCAAAGCAAAGGAUGCCGAGGGCAAACUUGCUGCGAUGCAGCGUCGGUGCGAUCAUGCCAGUCUCCACAGCAAGUCGUGCGAAAAAAGAGCAGAAAAGGCAGAGAAAGCUCUCAAACAAGCCAAUGGAACGGUCUCAACGUUGCAGGGAAGAAUCAAAACAAUCCGAGAGGGCGCUGAGGCAUUGAAGAGGCUCUAA